UGAUGAGAAUACAAGAAAUGAUAAAAUAAUUAAAGAUGUUUGGGAUUUAAAAAGUUAAAGCAAUUCAAGUAAAUUAUUAUAUAAUUAGAGAGACCAAGGUAAAUUGAUGAUCAUUUAAUGAGAAUGGAUCAAUCUUAGCCAGAAUUUAAGUCUAAACGAAUUAAUUUAAUUAAUAAUAUAAAAGACCCUUAAAUGAAAUUGCUUUUAAUUUAUAACAUAUCAAACGCUCUUGAAUCAACUUCUUAAACGAAGAGCUGGACAAGUAUAGAGGAAACUCAUCUCUGGAAUUAUGAGAAUUGACGUUUUUGAUUAUGAAUAGAUUAUAUUUGAAUUUUGUUUCAUGAGUUCAUUAGAAAACAAAAAAGUGAUGUAAAUGAAGAUCAUUUACAUAAAGGGAGCAGGAUUUAAGAUGAGAAUUUUGAAGUCAAUAAAUUUUAUUAAAAAUAUAUAAUUGAUGUUUAGACA